AUGCCUCAGAUUUGUUUGGACAAGUCAACAACAGCGCAUCUCUGGAAACUGGCGACGGGUUGUUUUAGAACUAAGGUCGUUCGUUCUACGCAUUUCAAUUUCAUCGGCGAUCAUGCAGUGCAUGAUCUUCCCAAGGAACUCACACUUGAUCCAAAUGUGAGGACUCAUGACAGAAUUAGGUCCACGCGCCUGUUGUGGACAAUCUCACCUCGUGGUUGUGAGCGUAAUCCAUGGUCUUCAAAUGAUUUGGGUGAGCUCCCAACGGGCUCUACGCAUAUGUCUGAGCCUUUUGAAAUUGACAGCGUAGUUUCAAAUAAUGUGGAUACCGCAUUUGCGCUGCUGCGCUGCCAUCUGAGCGGCGACCACAACACGUUAGCUCAGAACGGGACUCUAACCAUCGACGUUGUGGAUGAUACCAAUAACCUAUGCCUAGCUUCUACGUCAAUAUCGUUGCACAUCCUUGACGUUUCUUCGACUAUUAAUCUGAGGAACGUAAGAUUGCUGGACAGCCGUGGAUUACAGGUUGGCAGUUUGGAGUUGUGCUACGUCUCGCAGCAGCGCUGGGUAAAGGUGAACAAGCGCAAGUUGUCAUUUCUCAACUCACAGCGUUCAUCUGGUGUGAAAUCAGUGGUAGAAACAUCGGCUAACUAUGCAACUUCUGCGCUAGAAGGUAGGAAGGAAUCCACCCCAAACGGCCAGGUGGGCUCUGGAUUCCAGGGCCUCAAUGAUAGGGCUGAUGAAUUCGUCUUGCUAUUCUGGAACUCCACAAGCUCUUCCUUUGUCAAAGCGCACCCGAAUGAUUAUCAGUUGCAGUUGAUGCGAAAUUUCAUCAGGGCUCCAUUUUGCGGAGAAUCAGGCGUAGAAGAUACUAGUAAUGAUGACCACAGCUCGGUAGCCGCAUCUGUGAAGGUUGACAACGCAAGACUGCCCAACAACGAAGGGUCGAUCGUGUCAAGUGCCAGGUCAGAUAAUCGUUCGGAUGUUUUGCAACUACCGGAUCUUCAAUGCGCCAACCCCGCUGCUUCUGGGUUUACUUCUAGCUCCGAGUUUGCCUCCGAUUUUGGCGAUGACGAGGGGUCCUGUCGCUCCGAUAUGUCACAUUCGGCGGAUCCCGGAUCAGUGCGUUUAUACGACUUCCUCUCCCACCAGGACCGGAUAAUACAAUCGCAACUGACACGGCAGUUGAGUGUGGAUGCGAUGUCGAGUUCAUCUUGGACUUCAUGUACGCGUACAGCCCCUAGUUUAACAAAGCAAGUGCCUGAUGGGAAGCGCUACACUCAGGGUCCUAUCGCAGCCACACCCUUUGGCAUAACGUCGCCGUCUCAUAGUCUCGCCGAUCUCUCGAUGGACACGCUGUCGGAUAUCAGUAGUGUCGUUAAUAGCAUCGAUGACAGUACAAUGUAUUCUGACAUUGAUGUUUCAGUCACCAAUGGUUUUAGAGAACGCGUGGUGCUACGACAAGUGGAUGCCAUAACAUCUCCCCAUCGGGGCCUCCAUGAUCAUCUUGCGCGUCAUCCAUAUGGUUACAAGCCUGGUGAUAUCAGAGGCCAGGCGAGUGCCUCGUAUGUAAACACUGCUGCGGUGUCAUUUGAUACCCCAAUACGCCAGAAGACUCAUUCCCUUGGUGACCGCAAGACCGAAAUAGGUUUUGGAGGAUUCGCUGGCCCCCGAUUAAUUCCGGAUAUUCCAGUUGGUAAGAAGGGAGGACCCUGCUUGAACACUUCAGUGUCAACGGUCGAUAUUCCAUCUAUAGAUGCGACUGAUGACCAGUUGGCGCCAUUGAGCUCAAUUAACUGGUCCGCAGAAGGCGCGAUGGACUCGGGAGAGACGAUUAUGCCUUUUCAAGGCGACAACAAUGGCAACGGACGCCAGUGCUCAGUAUAUUUGCGCGAUACGGAAUGCCAGUUUGACAUUGUGGAAGACGGUCACUGCUCAGUUGUGAUAGAGGACACAACACCGAAAGUGGUACCCAAUGAUAUUAUCGACGUGGACCGCUUUUAUACAGACGACAGUUACUUGUUCGGCGCGCUGCAUGCUGCAGGGAGUAUGGGAUCCGAUUGCAGCUCUACCAUCAAUAACUUCUACACAGCUGCGGAUGGCGUAGAAUUCGGGACCAACGAGUCGUGCAUGGUCCGUGAGCCUACGAGCUCACCGUGCAAACCUUUCAAGAAUAGCCUCUUGUCGGCUGUGUACAACGCUAUUACGGCUGACCUGAGCUCGCUAUCCGUGUCCGAUCUGGGUGUGGACCACGCCGAGUGCAGCCUCGACGUGAUGAGCGAAGCGCUGACUGACGCCCGAGCUCUACAGGUUCAGCAGGAACGUCUCUCUAACGAGUUGCUGAUGAACUUUUUCCUGCAGCUACUGCACUGCUACAGCCAAAAAGGUUUGCUGCAGGUGAUGCUCAUGGAGGACGUCGUUCAAAAGCACCUGUCGGCGGCGGACCUGAUGACCUUCCUGCCUGCUGACUACAACCCAACCGUCAUCAGGGUUGCGCUAGAUAUUCUGGUUCGCCAGCUGGGAAUGGCUCUGCCGCCGGGUCGGCCUGAUGAGAGUCAGAAAGGCACCGACUACGUAGACCCUCCGCAGGCGCCCCCAACGUGGAAGGACCAGGUGCUCCGUAAUGCGGCAAUGCGAGACAGCACGGGUGACAGGCGCUCCAUGGACAAGUUCUGUCGUUUGUCCGAUUGUGAAACAUUCUCUGAGGUGAGCUAUGUGGAGGAUUGCUUCCAGCCCACCAAGGAGCUGGCGCAUCGCCAGCUAGUCCUGCGGCAGUUCCAGGCCGCUCUUCAGGAUAUGCGCCAGCAGAUGGUGGCCAUUGACACGCGCAAACUUGUCUACAUAUCGAGGCUACACUCUAAGCCUAUAAAGAAGCGGGGUUGUCGCCUCUCGCUGCUGGCGAUCAAGAUCGCGCUUUACCGCAUCUUUUGCGGCCGUAGAAAGCUGGCCGUCAGGGAGAGCCAUGUGAUACUUAUAUGA